AUGGAUAAUGAACAAUUAGUUGCAUUUGUUCCUGGUCCUAUUAUUGGAGAUGUAUUGACGCGCCAACCCCACCAUCGAUCCACAGAUAUUUGGAUAGGUGCUGGACACUAUAGGCCAUUACAAGUUCGGAGACAUGACGGUGAAUUUUGGAGAGGAAUUCCAUUCGAUCCUAGGGUGCAAAGGUAUAUUGAUGAAGCUGGCUUUGGUGGUGUUGUGCGCACAGGUCAAAUACAACUCGACCACGCACUUGUCACAGCUUUGGUUGAGCGUUGGCGAACUGAAACUCACUCAUUUCAUCUUCCUAUUGGUGAAGCUACCGUCACUUUACAAGAUAUAGGGAUAUUAUGGGGGCUUCCUAUUGACGGACAGCCUGUUAUAGGUGUGGACACACAUCGAAAAUCAGAGGAUUGGUUGCCGAUUUGUGAGGACUUGUUAGGAUUUCGACCUAAAACAGAUGAUAUUAAGGGAGGGAAACUAUUAUUGGGUUGUUUAGAUGCUCCCUUAGCUGUCAGACUUCCUAGUGAUGCAUCAGAUGAUGAUAUUAGAUGUCAUGCUAGGAUGCGUAUUUUACAGCUUAUUGGUGGUCACCUGUUUUCAGAUAAAUCUGGCAACAUGGUCAGCCUAAUGUAUUUGUCAUUUCUAAGAGAUUUUACUGUUACUCGAACAUAUAGUUGGGGGAGUGCAGUUCUUGCUUUUUUAUAUCGUGGACUAUGUAGAGCUACUCUUUGUACCUCACAAGAGAUUGCUGGACCAUUGGUUCUUUUACAGCUUUGGACAUGGGAACGAUUUCCUACCUUAUGUCCAGAUAGGCCAGUGCCUAAAAUGGAGUUGCCAGCUGAGAGUCCUUAUGGUGCAAGGUGGAAUGUCGAUUUUAACCUUUCUAGAGUAGCAAUGCAUGUAUUAGUUGUAUAUCGAGAUCAACUAGAUAGCUUGAGAGAUGAUCAUUCGAACUGCACUUAUUUGUUGGGAUAUAGUAGAGCUACACCUACCAGAUAG